ACGGAGAAACAUCGCUGAGGGGUGGGGGCGGAGUGACAUUUCACAUUUCAGCAACAAAAAUUUUCGCACUUCACGUUCACGCAAGUUUUCCUCUUUUGCGUAUUGCUAGCACAAAAAUAUCACAUCGUGGAAGAUCAUCGGGAACCCCCCGAAGAAUGCUUGCUGCUGGCCACAACGCAAAAGCCAAUGUCACAGGAGCCGCACAGCGAGGAAAUGGCCCGGCCGGAGGAGCAGAAUCUGCCAGAGUCGCUGGAGAAGUUGGAAAUAGCGCUGCCUAGUCGAGGAAGACGGAUGUCUGAUGGAAGUUUGGCUGGGAAUCCUUUCUUUGUCCAUGGCGUGAAGACAACGUCCGGAAGUUGCAGCGAGGGCUUCAAAAUACCAGAAUCGGGAGAGAACAGCAUGGCUGAGCGGCUCUUUGGCUCCAAAUGCAGUCACUGUGCCACAGAGCGCGUCUCCGAACAAAGGCACAGACUGGAGCAUAGUAUAAUCAACAGAAAGGCCUUCAAGCGACACUCACGGAAGCGAAUUCUGCGUGAACCUAUCCUCAAGCAGGUAACGAGGUGCAUGCACGAUAGAGCCACAACUGGCGAUGGGCCUAAGGAGCCUCCAGAGAGUGAAAAGUCGGACAAGUGCUUUGAUCUGAGUCGACUGCUUCCGGACACAAUGUUUCCGGCGACAGGACAACAAGUUCCUCGCCAGUUGAAGCGCCGAGCAUCACAGAGUGACGACGAGUCGGAUGAUCCAGUGGAUUCCCCUGGGAUCGCACCAAACAGUUCCUGCAUCGCGAGAGUCUCGGCAAAUGGGUCAUCCUGUUCGCAACAAGCCCGGAUUCAUGUUGUGGCGGCCACAUGCGAUGUCACGAUCGACGAAUUGGCCAGCUACUUCGAGACGUUCGUCCACAUACCCAAGAAGAUGUCCUCGAUGGCGGAAAUGAUGUACACGUAGGUGAGAAGGCCCGCUUUUAUUUUCUAUAUCGAUCUUUCAGUUUCUGAACCCCAGAUUUCCUAAUAGGUUCUCAUUGUAAAUUUGAUAGAUGAGAAAUAAAAUAUUGGCGAAAUUUUUUGUAAAAAAUA